AUGACUUCUAUACAGUUCCCUCCAGGCAUGCCUACUCGUCUACAUCGUGCCACUGAGAAGGUCAAAGUCAUGAUGAAACUCAUAACCUGGCCACCAAAGCAAGAGAAGGUGCAAGGCCCCGGCCGUUGCUACCUGAUGGAGCUGCCUACCGAGCUGUUGUUGGAGAUCGUCUCCCAUCUGACAGUGCUCCCGGAAGCUGCUCUCGCCUUAACCAACAAGCGCAUGUUCGCAAUAUCCGGCGAAAUCCUAUUCUCCAAGUCUCUCCGCUUCAGUCGAGACUUUGCGCCGCUCUUCCACCACUAUCGCAACGGACACAACUUCGUGACUCCCCGGUGGUCAUUCCUCAACCUGCUCGAAAACAGUCGGAUGAAACUCUGUUCCAAAUGCCUGAAACUCCAUCCUCGCGAUGCAUUCUCUGCCAGAGAGCUACGACGGAAGCCGGAGAAUCGCACAUGCAAUAUUGGAGAGCUAGCAGGGAUUGUCGAUUUGUGUCCCUGCAAGAAAUUAACCUUCCGCGAUAAACUUGAUCUCGCCGAUCACAUGCGAAUACGGCAGGUGACCUUACAGGCCUUGAAGUUGGAAUUUGGAGGGGCAGUCAACGACUGUUAUUGUUGGCAUACAUGCACCGAACAGUACGGCCCUACAGAAUUGAAAACGUCAUUGUAUCCAGAACUUGACGAGAACGACCAACUGGUGAUUCGCACUGAAUACCAGCUCACCACUGAGAUCGGCCAAGUUGGCAAAGAAGAGUUCAUGACGCCGCGGUUCGGUUGCGCUCAUCGGUCCGUCGACCUAUGGGUCUCAAGCGUUCACCAGACCACAAUCUGUCGCCUCUUUGACACGUUCUGCUCAUCCUGCCAACGGAUCUCCGUCUGCAGUGCAUGCGACACAAUCCUGAAAUGCCCACGAAAAGCGCCUUUCCAUUCCGAAAAAUCCGGCAAAGCGACAUAUUCGUUCUCAACGGAACGAUCUCUCGGGGGCACAAGUCCGGUCCCGGAUUCGACAUGGGCGGCGCAGAGAAUUCACCCAGCCGAACCUUCCAUCGGUGUCGAUAACUGCAACGAGCUCUGUCCAUGGACGGUGCGGGCCCAUCCGGCGCUGUCUUUCGCGCCCAGUAUAGAACAGGAAAUCCUUGAUCCUGGAAUAGGUAAUCAACCCAUCAGUCAGCUUUACACCUCCAUCAACAUGAUUUAA